CACAGGAAGGUCACACCAUCCCUCACCAUCAUCAGGAUGAAGAAGUGAAAGACAUCAAAGCUGAGAUUAAAGAGAAAGAAGAAGAGACGUUGGUGACCAGACAUCAGCAGUCUAUGGAGGAGGGUUGUCCUCUGCAUUCCCAGGAUUCUACACGGGAAGAUCAGAACUAUACAGAGAAUGAUCAGAAUGAAGAACGGAAAGACAUCAAAGCUGAGAUUAAAGAGGAAGAAGAAGAGAUGUCGAUGAGUGGAGCUCAGCAGUCUAUGGGAGGGGGAGGUCCUCUGUAUUCCCGGGAUUCCACACAGGAAAGUCACACCAUCCCCCACCAUCAUCAGGAUGAAGAAGUGAAAGACAUCAAAGCUGAGAUUAAAGAGGAAGAAGAAGAGACGUUGGUGACCAGACAUCAGCAGUCUAUGAAGGAGGGUUGUCCUCUGUAUUCCCAGGAUUCUACACGGGAAGAUCAGAACUAUACAGAGAAUGAUCAGGAUGAAGAAGUGAAAGACAUCAAAGCUGAGAUUAAAGAGGAAGAAGAAGAGACGUUGGUGACCAGACAUCAGCAGUCUAUGAAGGAGGGUUGUCCUUUGUAUUCCCAGGAUUUUCCCAAGAAAACCCCCAGUUAUAAAGAGACCGAUCAGGGUGAAGAACGGAAAGACAUCAAAGCUGAGCAUAAAGAGGAAGAAGAAGAGAGGUUGGUGAGUGGAGAUCAGCAGUCUAUGGAGGAGGGGGAGAUGAUUAUGGAAAGUAAACAGGAGGAAUCUUCUCUACAUAAGGACACAACAGAUGGACAGUGUUUCUGGAAUAUAAAUACAUCGGAGGGACAUCUUAUUAUAUCUCCAGAUUGUAAGGCAGAAGAUACCGACAUUCCACAAUAUUCUCCCAAAGUCACCUCUGAUUGGUUGGUUAGAUCAUCAGAUCCUUCCAAUCCUGAGGAACCUUCUGAUAAAUCCCAUACUAUGACUUCAGAUGUCCUUCCAAGUUCUCACAGUGCUGACAGAUCACCAGAUCCAUCCAAUCCCCAGAAAUCUUCUUCAAGCCAUAAGAAGGUUCACACAGGAGAGCGUUCAUUGUCAUGUUCAGAGUGCGGGAAAUCUUUCACUAAAAACAAAAACCUUCUUGCGCACCAGAGAAUUCACACGGUUGAACAUCCUCAUUCAUGUUCAGAGUGCGGGAAAUGUUUCAGUAGGAAAGGGCAUCUUCUUGCGCACCAGAGAAUUCACACGGGGGAGCGUCCAUAUUCAUGUACAGAGUGCGGGAAAUCUUUCACUGAAAACAAAGCGCUUUUGAGACAUCAGACAAUUCAUUCAGGUGAACGUCCUUUCCGUUGUUUAGAGUGUGGUAAAUGUUUCCUUAGAAAAGAACACCUCAUUUCACACCAGAGAAGCCACACGGGUGAGCGUCCUUUCCCUUGUUCAGAGUGUGGGAAAACGUUUGUUUCAAAAAUAUCACUUUUUAAACACCAGAACCCUCACACGGGUGAAUAUCCUUAUUCAUGCUCAGAGUGCGAGAAAUCUUUCUCUCAAAAACAAGAACUUGUUAGACACCAGAGAAUUCACACAGGUGAGCGCCCUUAUUUGUGUUCAGAGUGUGGGAAAUCUUUCACUCGGGCAUCACACCUUGUACGACACAAGCUCGUCCACACAGGUGUGCAUCUUAAUUCAUGUUCAGAGUGUGGUAAAUGUUUUCGUGAUAAAGGACGACUUAUUAUUCACCAGAGAAUUCACACAGGUGAGCGUCCUUAUUCAUGUUCAGAGUGCGGGAAACGUUUUAGUGACAAAGGACAACUUAAUGUACACCAGAGAGAUCACACAGGUGAGCAUCCAUUUUCAUGUGCAGAGUGUGGGAAAAAUUUCUCUCACAAAGCUCAGCUUACGGAACACCAGAGAACUCACACAGGUGAGCGUCCUUAUUCAUGUUCAGAGUGCGGGAAAAAUUUCUCCCACAAAAAAGGCCUUGUUGAACAUCAGAGAAUUCACACAGGUGAGAUCCCUUAUUCGUGUUCAGAGUGCGGGAAAUCUUUCAGCAGACAAUUAACACUUUUAAGACACCAGAGAAUUCACACGGGCGUGCGUCCUUUUUCGUGUUCAGAGUGCGGGAAAUCUUUCACCAGACAAGGAACACUUUUGGAACACCAGAGAAUUCACACAGGUGAUCGUCAUUCGUGUUCAGAGUGCGAAAAAAGUUUCAUUUACAAAACAGCCCUAGUUUUGCAUCAGAAAAGUCACACGGAUAUAUGUCCUCCUCAUUCAUGCUCAGAGUGUGGGAAAUCUUUCACUGGGAAAGGAGACCUUGAUCGACACAAUAGAGUUCACACAGGGGAACGCCCUUAUUUAUGUUCAGAGUGCGGGAAAUCUUUCACCCAAAAAGGAGCACUUUUUACACACCAGAAACUUCACACAGGAGAGCGCCCUUAUUCAUGUACAGAGUGCGGGAAAUCUUUCAUUUGGAAACGAGACCUUGAACAACACAAUAGAGUUCACACAGGAGAGUGCCCUUAUUCAUGUUCAGAGUGCGGGAAAUCUUUCACCGCAAAUAGAGCACUUUUUAAACACCAGAAACUUCACACAGGAGAGCGCCCUUAUUCAUGUACAGAGUGCGGGAAAUCUUUUAUUUGGAAACGAGACCUUGAACAACACAAUAGAGUUCACACAGGAGAGCGCCCUUAUUCAUGUUCAGAGUGCGAAAAAUCUUUCACCCAAAAAGGAGCACUUUUUAAACACCAGAAACGUCACACAGGAGAGCGCCCUUAUUCAUGUACAGAGUGCGGGAAAUCUUUCACUGGAAAAGAACACCUUGUUAAACACCAGAGAGUUCACACAGGUGAACGUCCUUCUUCAUCUUCACAGUGAGGGAAACCUUUCAAUGCAAAGAAUGACCUUCGUAGAUGUCAUAGAAUUCACAGUAGUCAGCGUCCUCAUUUAUGUUCAGCGUGUGGGAAAUGUUUCAAUCGCAAAAUAAACAACUUGUUGAACACCAGAAAAUCUUCAUACUACUGAGUGUCCUUUCUCUUGUUGAGAGAGUGCGGCAAAUGUUCCCUUCAAAAAGAAAAAAGUAUUAUACACCAGAGGAUACACACGGGUGAACACUCUUAUUCUUGUUCAAUGUGUGGGAAAUGUGUAAUUAGGAAAGAACAUCUUCUUAUACAACAGAAAAUUCUCACAGGUGAGUGCGGGAAAUGUUUUGCUUUUUGAAUAUCUGAGAAUUUACACGGGUGAGCGUCCUUAUCCAUGUUUACAGUGCGGCAAAUCCUUCAUUCGUAAAAGAGACCUUGUUAUACACCAGAGAAUUCACACAGGGGAGGGUCUUUAUUCAUGUUCAGAGUGCGGGAAAUCUUUGAGAAAAAGGAACUUGUGAGAAACCAGAAAAAGCACCCUUAUUCAUGUUCAGGGUGCGGGAAAUGUUUCAUUCACAAAAAGGACCUUGUUGGACACCAGAAAAUUCAUACAGGUGAAUACUCUGAUGACGGGACAUAACAAGGGAAUACAUGUUACCCCCACGAGCCUCAGAUUCUCCUAGGGAGGGGGUCAGAUAGAGACAAGGGGUGUAUAAUGCUGUAUGAUGUAUAAUGCUCAUCACAGUACAUCGGGGGGUAUAAUAAAAAUAUUUGAGUUUUUAGGGGUGUGGUUUGUCAGAUAUAUAGACAUAAAGAAUAAAUGAAAGGAACGUGGUUCUCAUAUAAA